AUGGCUGAAAACAACGCAAGAAUGAAAGCCAUUGUAGGUGCUAGGGCUAAUCUCAUGGACUCCCUCAACACAGCUGCUGAAGGAGAUGCUUUACAUGCAACCCCUAGCACCAUGAUAAACGUGGAAAACACGCCGCCUCCCCCUUCCGAGGAUCUGAUAGUUCCACAAGAAAAAGAAGCUUCCACAUCCACAACUAAAGAAACACCCUAUGAGGUAAAAAGGUUACUAGAGGAAUGGUUGACAAACGCUCUCAGUGGCCUAGCCGAGAAGCCAUCUCAAAACACUAGACGUGCACCAGCAAUCAACCAUGCUGCAGUCGAAGAUGAACACGAGAUCACUCAAACAAACAACGUGCUUUUCGGUGCUCAAACUCACGACGACACGCUCACGGCCAUCCUCAGAAAGAUGGAGGAAAUGAAAAAUCUAAACAAAUCACUUCGCGACCAGAUGAGAGAGCAUCAAGAAAGGGUAGACAAGAUCCCAGGUGCACCUAAGUUGUUGCCGAAACGAGACAUGGGGAAGUUCGUGGAACAACCCUACACCGAAGGAGCUGCACCGUAUCCCAUCCCAAAGACCUUCAAAAUGCCUCCAUACUUAAGGGUGUACGAUGGAACCUCGGACCACGAGGACCAUCUGGUUCACUAUGUCACAGCAGUCAAAGGUAACGAUCUAUCGAAGGAGCAGGUACCGUCCGUGCUUCUAAAGAAAUUCGGCGAAACCCUAACAGGGGGAGCCCUGAUAUGGUAUUCCCAGUUACUGGCCAGAGGCAUCUCCACAUUCAAGGAAAUGGCGGAUAAGUUCGUCACUGCUCACGCUGGGGCUAAGAAAGCAGAAGCUCAGGCCAACGAUAUCUUUGCUAUUCGAAAAACCUCAGGGGAGGGGCUCAUGGAGUUCUUAGCUAGGUUCAACAGAGUUAUAAUGAACUUACCUAAUGUAUCAGAGGGGAUGGCGGUCGCAGCUUUUCAGAACGGGCUCAGCAGAGACGACUCAAAGGCGACCAAGAAGUUGCUCAGCCACCUCAUGAAGUAUCCCCCCACCACUUGGGAAGAAAUCCAUAAUGCCUACUGCGCCAAAGAACGCGGGCACAGAACCAAAGACUGCAUAGGCCUUCGUCAAGAAGUGGUCCGGAUGCUAAACCAGGGAUUCUUGAAAGAACUACUCAGUGACAAAGGGAAACUCAGUUUUCCACGAGGACGUGAACAUCCUCAGGGCCUGCCGAGGCCACCCUCACCAACACGCACCAUCAACAUGAUCAUUGGGGACGGCAAUGAUUCAGCGAUCAACCAUGUCAAAUUCACCACCACUUACAAGUUAAAGCAAACUAUCGCCCACGAACGGUAUGAUGACUUCGAAGAUAGUAUCACCUUCAAUAAGUCUGAUACAGACGGUUUGUCUUUUCCCCAUUAUGAUGCUUUAGUUAUUACUUUACGCAUAGCUGAUACUGAUGUUAAGAGAAUUAUGGUCGAUGACGGCAGCGGUGCGUGCAUCGUUUAUCCGAGAGUCCUUGCCUUAAUGGGACUCGAGGAUAAGAUAAUACCAUGCUGUAUAACACUAACAGGCUUUAAUAAUGCAGUGGAAAGGACCUCCGGGGAGAUAAAGCUGCCCGUCUUGGCAGGAGGAGUCAUAAUGGAAACCACAUUCCAUGUAAUGAACCUGGAAACUGCGUACAAUGCUAUCAUCGGGAGGUUGUGGAUACAUGCCAUGAGAGCAGUCCCUUCCAGUUUCUACCAAGUAAUCAAAUUCCCUACGCCGUGGGGAGUGUUCAGCAUCAGGGGCGAACCACGCACCGCCCAAGAAUAUUACAAAAUAGCCCAAGAUCACAUGCGCACCAGACAACUCAAAGGAGCAAGUGCGGAAGCACAACAAUCAGCCCUUUCGGGGACUAAGGUCCACUCGACAGAGGAUGACAUCAAAGAGCCCGACAUCGUUGAAGCCAAUAAGGCUACGGUCGAGGACCUCGAUCUCGUCAGCUGA